AUGAGCCGCGGUUCACAGUUCUUUCUGGACUGCUCAGUCGAACACUGGUCAGACUUGGCCAUGUUCAUCUCAUAUUUAAGCAAAAAUAAUCCUUCUGAAGCACCUGAGAAGCAUCUGAAGUUGUACCAGUCUUCUCUUCGUGCUACAUUGGAAGAUCCUGCUUCGUCCGAUGAACAAAAGAAGGUCGCAGGGAAUCUGGUCGCUCAGGUGGAGCUAGAGCAUAUGCGAAAUGCGUGGGAGACUACUGGAGAGGAAUCUUCACCUGUAGCUUCGAAACGGAAGGGAGAUAGGACGGAAGGCAGGGUUUCGAGGUUCGCCGAGCCGUGGCUUUCUCUUAUGUAUCAUUUGAGGGCCAAGGUCAAAGGAGAGCCUCAAACUACUAUCACUAGGUCUACAGUCCACCUGAGCAACUUACACAUUGAUAUAUAUGACUUUGUCUGCGCUCGUUUGUCCCAAAAGGAGCAGCUAUCCAAAGUGAUGGAGCUUGAUGUGUGUAAAAUCGAUGGACUAGGAGAGGUGAUGGAGGAGUUAAAAGAAGCCUCAGCUGAAGUGACUGAAGAAGACAGAGUCAUUGAUUUAAAUCGACUCUCAGAUAAGAUGAUCCAGCUGAUGGCAGUGAAGACUAAGGCUCACAAUGGGAUUCACAAGGCAGUUUUUUCAGCGGUUCAUUUCAUGGCCUUGGAAAAGCCGAACACAUUGAUGUCAGAAUCCAAAGUUGUAUCCAUUUGGGAGAAAUUGUUAGGCACACUGUACCGAGGCUUGGGAGUACUUCCAAUUUUGAUCUCCUUGACUCCAGCCUACGUAGAAAACAUCUCAGAAAUAGAGGUAUCUUACAUAGAAUAUACUUUUAUUAGUGGAGAACUUGAUAGUAAAGCAUCUAAAUACCAGAACGAAAUCUUUGGAGAAGAACUAAACACGGAUACCUCAAUUUCAGUUUACGGCAAGAAAGAGAAGAUCGAAUGGUGGUCCUGGGAAGAUUUCCAUUUGUUGGCGAUGGAUGUUCAUGUGACAGACCAUGGUCCAAUGUUGCCUCACUGCAACACGUCAUGGAACGAGUUCCUUUCAGGCACAGACGAGACGAUUGCUACACUAUGGGAUUACUCGAAAUACUUGGAAGGGUAUGCUAAGGGAGCACGAAGGAGGAAGUUGAAGCACCAAGGUACGAAAGCCACGACAUAUCGUCGCUCGGUAACGAGGCACCCAUGGACUUUGGGACAAUUUACAGUAUUUCCUCCAACAGUGUCCCGGUUUAAAAAGGACGCAAAUAGUCAACCUUCGACCAGUUCAACGAAAGAGCUUGUUGAGGCUUUCUUGUACAUUGUCCGCCAUCCUGUCCCCACUAAGCAUCGUAAAGACUUUGCCUGCGCGUGGCCAAUUCUUUAUUCAGUCCAGUCAAAGCCUUCCGGAAAGGUGAUCAUUGUUGUAAAAAGAUUGGUGGUCCAGUGUGGUAGCUCCUUAGCUACCACUACUGCCUCUGAUAGUCUCUCAACUAUAGGACCUUCAACUGCUAUUACACGUCAGUAUUCUAUGCAUGUUGAAGAUAAAGCUGAAGUUUCUAUUGAUGAAAUGUCCGCUGUAAACUCAUCGUUAGUGGCGAGAUUCUCAGACCUUGGUUCUUCGCCGGAUGAUACCCAGGAGACAACACCACUGUCUGUUGAUCUUCCCAGUUAA